AUGACGCGUGCACUAGGGCAACUGGACGACACAGCUGCAGCGCCCGACACGCUGAGGCGUCGGCAUGCGCGCUACAUUCCACAGAUAGACUGGAGCGAGUCGCCUUUGGAAGCGUCGACGGACUCGUCGGCCUCCGAGUCGGAUCGUGCAGUGCGCUCUGCAGCAUCGGUCGUGUCAGUCGGCAGCAGUUACGGUACCGGUAAUGGUGCAGGGCGCACAGCGCUCACGGAUAGCAUGGUAAGCGAACUGGUUGAGCAGUGGUCUCUGCGCAGGCCGCUGCAGGCGAGCGUCCAAAACUCGUCACCAGCUCGUCGGCACUGGAGCGAGGCUCGUCAGGUGGAGGUGUCGUACUUUAUAGCGCCCGAGUUGUUUUCAAACCGGGACUUGAACUUGCGACCCGGCACGAGACAAGUCGGGUGUUGUCUUUCGUGCCUGCAGCGGCAUGCUGAGAGUCAGCAAAUCAACAUACCGUGA